AUGGUGAUAUCUAGGGCUCGCCCCCCAACGGCGCCGCUCCACCUUGAACUUCAACCCCCCCCCCCCCCCCCCCCCCCCCCCGCCGCUGCAGCAAUCUUUGCCCUCCGCCCUAAAGACCCAACCUUUCAACUCGUCUCCAUCUCCCUCUCCUCCUUUCACCUCAAACUCCCCCUCCUGGACCUCGAGCUCACCCUCGCCGUCCAUGUCACCAAUCCCAACAUCGUCCCCAUCCGCUACUCUCCGGCCACCGUUUCGAUCUUCUACUCCGACUCUCUGCUAGGCUCCGCCCUCCUAGCCGCCGGCUCACAGCCUCCAUUUUCCUGCCGCCUCCUCUACCUCCCCGCCCGCCUCGACGGCCUGCAGCUCGCACACAACGCUGCUAGUAUCCUCGCCGACGCCACCCACCGUCGCAUGUCUCUCGACGCCGCAGUUGACAUCACCGGCGACGCUCGCCUCCUCUUCUGGAACCAUCGGUUUACGCUUCGCCUUGAAAGUCAUGUGCUUGUUGAUCCCAUCUUUCUCAACGUUAUUGAUCAGGACAACCACUCUGAGACCCAUUUAUCUCUUUCAUUGCUGCAACAGUAAGUCAUCUGCAGGCAAGUAGAUCUCUUUGGUGUAUUGAGGUGCUGAUAUGACUUAGAAAUUGGCUGCAAAACAAAAUAAAAUGGAAAAAUUCCAUUUUUUCAUCUCUUAAUCUCUCUGUUAGUGCCACCAUGUUAUUAUUAUUAUUAGGGUAUAAGUAUAACAAUAUUACAUUGUAUGAGGUGUUGUUAGGGAGGCAUUAGGCUAUGGAAGAUUUGCAGCAAGCAGAUGAUGUUUGCCUGUUGGAUGAUGCUAUGGUUGUUCAAUGAAGCAUUCUAUGGUAGCUUUGCAUUGUGUAACUUGGUGUUUUUCAUUGUAAGGUUUUAGUAGAGAAAUAUGAAAAAUAGAGUGGAUCUGAAAAUGAGAAGGUAACUUUAGUUUGUAAGUGAAGGUCCUAAUUUAUUUAUGUACUGCAAAUGGUCCUAAUAAUGUUGAGUAGACAUGGAGUAUUGCUGAUUUUGUAUCAAUGAGGCUAAAUUUUAAUAAGAAUGAGGUUUCUUAAUUU